UUGUUUGUUUUUUAGAAUGGAUGAUAAUAUAUAAGGUUGUAAUAGACACUUAUGAGUUUAUUGUUUUCAAUAAGUGUAUAUGGAAGAGUAUCAUUUUCUGUUGAGGGGAGAGAAAAGUACACUGAAACGAAAACGAAAGUUUCCAUAAGUAUUGGCACCUCCCACACACAUACACGCACCUAGAUGAGAACAAGGAAGGAGCACUGAAAACAGAGAAAAUAAGAAGACACAAAGAUGUCCAUUGCUUUCUUUGGUUGGGAAGUGGACUAUGAUGAGGACCGUCACCUCAGAGCAGAACAAGAGCCUAAGUCUGGCAGGCGUUACACCAUGUACCAUGGCACCAAGGUCCAAGCAGCACGCCAAAUAAUCCAAAAUGGCUUCUCCCAGUCCCCAGAUGGGAUGUUGGGGCCUGGGGUUUACGUGAGCCGCAACCAGAGGAAAGCUGAGCGCUACCCCAUAAACUCGGUCGUCACUGAACGUGUGGUUCUGAAGCUGAGUGUCGAUUGUGGAAAAGUCAAGAAAAUUGACAAGGACAACCACCCUAUGCAGAAGACCUGGCACAACAAUGGCUACGAUACAGCCUGGGUACCACCCAACUGUGGUAUGAAAGCUGUUCCAAGUGGCCUGGAGGAAGACUGCGUGUGGGACCCCAAACGCAUCGAGGUGAUCGAUAUCGUGUUGGCACCCAACACCACCAUUUUGAAUGAAUUAAAGCAGUUAAUCACCCAGAAUAGUCCACAAGCUGCCGCCGCCAAUGCCAACCCACAAGUGUGCCAGUUGUGCAAGUGGAAAAUAGUUCCAGCGCAUAGCGUUCAGACCUGCUGGGGCUGCGGGGAAACCAUCUGCACGCUGAUGACUAAACACAAGUGCAAUCACUGGAGCUAGGAAGCCGUUUCUGAACCUUGGCAUGAUGAUACAACCAUAUGACGGGAUAUAGUGAUUCAUUAAUUCAUCUUCAGUAAGGGAGCCAGUCCCAGGGAUAUCCACCAGUCCAUUGCUGGGCGUAUAGUGAUAAUUUUUUUUUUUAAAAACAAGAUCAAAUCCUCUUCAAGGAAUACUCUGGCCUUUUUCAUAACUACAAUGUCAUUGGUGCCAUAAAUUUUCUACUGUUAUGAGGCUAAUGUAACUAAUAAAUAAGGGAAGCAUAUUUACAGCCAAUAUUUUUGCAUCAUGCAAAGUACAUGCAGCGACUAGCGAAGCUGGGAGGAUGGUGGAGGAGUAUCUUUCAGUUAUUUAGCUAUCCUGCGUACUAAUCUCUGUAAUCAAUCAAUCAAUCAAUCAAUCAAUCAAUCAAUAGUCCAAAAAAGAAACCCGUUGGUGCUUCAUUUUCGGACGUUGCCCUCCACCGUUCUCGAUCUUGUGCGAUCUCCGUCAUCUGGUGAAGGGUCAUGUCCAUCCAUUCUGUGAUGUCAUCAAUCCACGCCCAUCUAGGCUGCCCCUUCCUGUUGCUUCCGUCGACCAUACCAAGCAUAAUUAUCUUCAACACCCGGUCGUCAUUCAUUCUGCACACAUGCCCAAGCAACCGAUCUUUCCUCCUCUUGAUGAUAGUCACAUCAUCAUCUUCUAGGUGCACACGCUGCCUGAUCGCUUCGUUCGUCACAUAAUAACCUCAGUUAUAACCGCAAUAACGUGCCAUCAGAUUAAGUAAUCAUAAAACGUUCCAAACUUUCCUUUUACACCUGCUUUAUCUCCUGCUUCUGUAGUAUAUGUGUGAUGACUACGGAUAAUUCUUUGAAACUCAUGUAUCAUCUAUUACGAGCUCUGCGAGAAGUCAUUAGUGCGUUCAAAAAAGAAAAAUCGUGUUCAUGUAAACUUUUUUUAUUUUGUAGAACACAUUCAUGGAUUACUUUGUGAAGGAUAUUUGUAAAUAACAUUAAAUCUGUAUAAUUCUUCCUUUCAGGGAUGUGGCUGCUUUCCCAGAGGCCGGAACGUGGUCAUAGAUUAACACAAUAAUUGUGUGUAUCGAAUUGCUCUUAAUACUAGUGAUGCGUCAUGAUUUGCAAAGGAAUCAACUCGUUGAACCAGAGUCUGCGCCAGUGUAACAAAUCGUAGCUAUACAAAUUCAACUGGAACUAUAUUUUAUACGUGGCGUCUCGUACCCAACCAUACAAUGCGAUAAGAGGGGAAAAAAAAUAAAAAAUCGAAAUAAUAAAAAAAGGUUGCACUUCAAAAUGAGUUCCUGUUAAGAAACUGCGAUGCUAAACAACAUAGCUAAGCUUCCCUUUUUUUUGUUAGUAACAUUAGCUGAUUUAAUAUCAUAUGAAGACGUGGAUAUGGUGCAGUGCUGAAAACUGUGUUUGUUUGUAGGUUGUUCCACGAUGAAGUUAAUUUCCUGCCAUUGUAUGUGGAUGCAACUUUCUGACUGUAGGACGAUGAAUCACAAAUCUUUAACCACUUUUGUAAACCUGUCACUCAAAUUGCAACGUGGUUGUCUAUUUGUUUUGGCUCCACCCACUCCGGCUCUUUUCAUCGAGUCUGAUUAUUUGGCUCAGCUCACCACUAAGACUUGACAAAUUUUGCGAUAUCUAUUUCGAAUUAUAAAGGAGACAUGCAUUCUACCCCUUUUCCACAUGUUCUACAGUUCCGUGAUGUGUUGAUCAAAUGGCAAACGUUCAGCAUGAACCCUGGGAGAAAAACGGCUAACGUUAUUUUCCCAUUAUCGUGGAUUCUGUAGCAAGUUACACCAAUAGCUUUAUCGAAAUUUAGCAUGUUAGCAUAAUCUCGUGCGAAACAGCCAAAGAAACGCAUAGCAUAAUCCAUCCAUUAUUUGUAGCCGCUUAUCCUGUACAGGGUCGCGGGCGAGCUGGAGCCUAUCCCAGCUGACUAGUACACCCUAGACAAGUCGCCAGGUUAUACAUAGCAUAAUGAUUUUAAAAAAAUAUUUACACUUCUCUCGUCUACAGUUUUACCACGCACAGUUGGUAUUGAUCCCUCUUGGUUUUAGGAACAAAAAAGUGUCAUCAAAAAUAAACUCAAUCCACUCAGCUGUUUUAUCCUCUUAGUUUUUUUUUUUUUUGGGGGGGGGGGUCAGUGGUCAACAGUCAACGUAACGAUGUGUGUUGCUCUGUGCUUAGCUCGUUUCAACAUAAUGCUCGUGGGUCCAGGUAGUGCUUGUAAGAAAAAAAUGACGCAGUUUCGCAAAGGUAGUUCUCUAAAGCCAUGAGUUGAGACACUGAAAUGGGGUGUGGUAUAAUUCUAACGAGCUCUAAUCUUUACUUAAGUAAGGGAGGCCAAAUCUGAACAGCAGCCAAAAUUAAACUGGGUGGGCUUCCUAAAAGUCUCUUAACACUAAGAGCAGCUUAACUAGGAGAGAGAUCAUUCAUUGUGCUGCUCGCUCCACCAUUUAACGAUGAUCUUUGUGCCACAAUCCUUUUGGGAAACUCAGGCCUGAUUUGAUUGGGUGGCCUUAUUUCAGCGUUUGUACGUUGGUUGCGCACUCCAGCUGAAAAAGUGAGGUUUUUUUCAUAAUAUGAUUCCAUUAAAUUGCAAAUAUAUAGAUUUAAAAAAAAAUAAAUGAUGUUGCAGCAGACAAAAGUCACACUUCGAAGCUCAUCUCAUCUCAUCUCAUCAUCUCUAGCCGCUUUAUCCUGUUCUACAGGGUCGCAGGCGAGCUGGAGCCUAUCCCAGCUGACUACGGGCGAAAGGCGGGGUACACCCUGGACAAGUCGCCAGGUCAUCACAGGGCUGACACAUAGACACA